AUGACACCGGGGAAGGCCUGGGCAGCAGCAGCAGGCGUGGCGGUGGUAUUGGUGGUAGCCAUAGUCCUUUCUGUCAGCCUCACCCAGGGCCGCGGCUCCCAGCCAGAGUGUGAGAGCUGUCGGCCAGAUGGUGACAUGAUGGACUACCUCAUCAGCAUUGGGCGCAUCAGCCACAGGGAUGGCCUGUUGGUCACCUGGUACCACGCCGCCAACCACCGGAGUGAGAUGGAGGAGGCGCUGAGCAGUGAAGUCAUGGUGUUGGAAGCAGAUGUCAACGUGGAAGGGCUGGACACAGCCAAUGAGACAGGUGUCCCGAUCAUGGCCCACCCCCCUGCCAUCUACAGUGACAACACCUUGGAACAGUGGCUGGAAGCCGUAUUGACUAGAUCCAGAAAAGGCAUCAAGCUGGAUUUCAAGAACAUCAAGGCAGUGGGCCCUUCUCUGGAUCUUUUGAGGAAGCAGACAGAGGAUGGGAGAAUCCAGAGGCCAGUGUGGAUCAACGCUGACAUCCUGGACGGCCCCAAUGUGCCCCUCCCAGUUGCCGUCGAUGCAACACAGUUCCUGUCCCUGGUUCAGGAAAAGUACCCCGAUGCCACCCUGUCUCUGGGCUGGACCACUCUCUACAUCUCCUUGGUUCCCAACAGCACCUACACCCAGGACAUGAUUGAGGAGAUGCACAGGCUGGUGGUGGACCUGCCACAGAAAGUGACCUUCCCGGUGCGGGCUGUCAUGGCGAGAGCUGCCUGGUCCCAUUUCAGCUGGCUCCUGAGUCAGUCCGACAGGUACAGCCUGACCCUGUGGCAGAGCGACUCAGACCCCGUGACUGUGGAUGACCUUCUUUACAUACGGAAACACAGUGCCACACAGCAAAUCUACUAUGACCUUUAUGAGCCCGUCCUGUCUCAGUUCAAGGAGCUUGCUCAAGAGGGGUCUGGCUCAUUCUAGCAAGGGGCAAAGGUCUAAGGGCUGGAGAAGAGAGGGUGCUGGGACCCUGGAAUGACUCAUCAACCCAUCACAAAGCAGGGGAAAUUCUCCACCAUCUCUCAGGAAAAUCAGGAGACAUCACUGAACUUCAGAGCUAGAAGAGACUUCGGUAGGCAUCAAGUCUGAUCCCUCCCAGAAUAAGAAUCACUUCUCCAGAUUCUCUGCUGAAUAGUUAUCCAUUCCAUCUCCUUUCUAUAUAUCCUGUGUCUACUUAGUCAUUGGUUUCUUGUCUCCCUAGUUAAAGUGUAAGAUCCUUGAGGGCAGGAAUUAUUUUUGCCUUUCUUUGUAUCCAUAGCACUUAACACAGUGCCUGACACACUGUAAGCACUUAAUAAAUCCUUUUUGACUGA